AUGAAGUUGCCUGCCGAUAUUGCCAUUGCCGUUCUCUUUGGCUGCCUCCAAUCUGUGAUCAGCUUUCUCUCGCUUCUGGAACAACGUCGCAUUGGUACCAAUGUGCGUGGCAUAGACGUUGAAGCAAACGAACAUUCAACUCCAUCACCGGAAGGCCUUCCGGAACCUCCUCGCUCGCCGAGUAGCGAUAGUGGCAUGGACGAUGAUGCACGGCCACCAAAAUCUUAA